UUCCCAGUAGCAAAACAAGCAAAACGUGCUCGUGCGCUGUUUUUCGCUUCGGUUCUUGUAAGCACAUCAGCAACGAUGGAAAAGUAUGCCGUUCCGAAUAAACUGCCGGCGGAGGAAAUCUCCAUCUUGGCGCAGCGUAGGUCCCGCAUCCGACGGGAAGCCAACCAGUGGGUGCGGAAGCCACUGCCGGAGAACCGCAAAACGAAAUUCUGCAAGCCGGAGUUCUUCAUUGCCGAUUGCCGGAAAGCGGAACGUGACGCUAAACGUAUCAAACGGAACUUUCUCAAAACCGGAGUUGAGCUUAAGAAUCCGGACAUUCAGCACGGUCGGCUGAUACUGGUGUUUCGCCACCGGGGAAAAUAUAUCGCCAACAAAGAGGUAAUGCAUAUUUUAGCGAAACUUGGUUUGCCGUACAAGCGGCGGGCGGUACUGCUCAAGCUGACCGAGGGUGUCCAUGCGAUGCUGAAGAUGGUGGAACCAUGGGUCAUCUGGGGCUAUCCGAACAUCACCACUGUUCGAGAGCUGCUUUACAAGUAUGGUCUUUUUACGCCGGAGAACGGCGAAAAGGGUCCGAAGAAAAUCCCGAUUGCUUCGAACAAGCUGGUGGAGGACAAAUUUGGCCAUUUGGGAAUCAUCUGCGUGGAGGAUUUGCUGCAUGAACUGCUGACGGUGGGACCGAACUUCUUCAAAGUAACUAAAAUUUUGCACACAUUCGAGCUUCGAUCACCGGCCGAUGGUUGGAAGACGGCCCGCAGGGGUAAGUUACGUUCGCUGGGCGGUGAAGCCGGAUUCCGAGGAGAGGAGAUUAACGAAUUCUUCAAACGGUUGCUGUAAGAUCGGACGAUGCUUGUAUUUAGGUGUGUAAUUUAAGUUUUGAUACUUUACUAUCUUGUAUUGGAGAAGAGAGGAAAUACAGAAUUAGGU